AUGCUCCUAAACACCACAACUGCCAUCUCCACUCCAAAAGUCCUGCUGGUGCCGUACUCAAAAUGGCACGUCCCGCGGUAUCACGAGUGGAUGAAAGACGAGGAAAUACAACAAGCAACAGCCUCGGAGCCACUAAGCCUGGACGAGGAAUACGCCAUGCAGCAGUCGUGGCGGAAUGACGCCGAUAAACUCACUUUUAUUAUCUGUCGCCCUGUUGUGGGGAACAACAACACCAACACUACUAGUAGUAAUACUGCUACUAAUACUAGUGGUGGUCAGGAGCUAGAGUUAACAGACGCAGACGAUAGCCCCGCGCGCAUGAUCGGGGACAUAAACCUCUUCCUCCGAGUCGACGACGGGGACACGGGUGUUUGCACGCCCGAAGUCAUCGGCGAGAUUGAGCUCAUGAUCGCUGAGAAGAAGGACCAAGGGAGGGGGUUUGGGCGGGAUGCGCUGCUUGCGUUUUUGAGAUACGUGCUUGAGCGAGAGGCGGAGGUGGUGGGGGAGUUUGUGAGCGGGGAUGAGGGGGCUCGGGCUCGUCAGGUGAAGGAGAUGAAGUUUGCGGCGUUGAGUGUCAAGAUUGGGCAGGCGAAUGAGCGCAGUUUGAAGCUUUUUGCGAGUCUGGGGUUUGAGAAGGUUGGCGAGGAGCCGAAUUAUUUUGGGGAGUGGGAGUUGAGGAGGACGGAAUUGGGCAGUGGGGAGGUGGAUGGGUAUAGGGAGGUUGAGUAUAGGAGGACUGCAUAG